UUUCAGAUUCCUCAGGUGAUAAUGUCUAACUUUGUGCCAACACACAUUCAAGUGACGGUGCUACGAGCCAGGGGACUCAGAGUGAAAGGGAAACAUGGAACUAGUAAUCCCUAUGCUAUUAUGGGGAUUGGCAAGGAACAGUUCAAGACCACAGUGCAAGAGAAAACAUUGGACCCUGUAUGGCAGGAGGAAUGUGAAUUGUUGAUUCCAAAACAGGGGAACACUGCCACAGUUUCAGUUGGUGUGUAUCAUCACACAUCAAGGCCUGGGUUUGAUGACUUUCUGGGAGAAGUCCUACUUCCUUUGUGUGAAUAUGAUGUCUACGACCCUCCACGGAACAGAUGGUACAAAUUGAAAGGACACGAUGGGAAGGAUGACGGGAAGGAACGAGGAGAGAUCGAGAUCAAGAUAGCAUUUACAACACAGCCACUUGGAGCUAGUUUGACAUCCUUGAAUAAGCGAAAGAGUUCAUCUGUCCAGAAAGUGGCUCAUAGUAUUGGUGGUAGCCUGAUGAGUUUGGGGUCAAAGGAGAAGAAAAAUUUCAAGAAGUUUGCUUCUAAUGUUGGUCAUAAGUUGGGUGACAAAGUGGGCUCUCCGUUCAAGAAGCACAGACGACAGGGCUCGGAUGCCUCCAGUCAGGGAACCAGUGUUGCUUCAAAUGCUGAUCCUGGUGUUGCCAGUGAUAGUGAUGAUGAGUGGAAUGAUGGAGCAAUAACACCCAGAUCCACACAUUCUGCAUCAAGUAGUGGUUUUUAUCCACUUGGGUUUGCCACUCCUCCCACUGGUGGAUCCCGAGAGCACCUUCAUGAGGAUCUUCUGAUCAAGGCUGUGUAUACACCUCCCUCGAAACCACCCAGGAAGGUCCUUGAACAAGUGGAAGAAGAGGAGCAGAAUCGAUCAGUCCCUGUCACAGCCUCCUCAGUGCUCGAGACCAAGCUGCGAGAACGUUUUUCCAAUCCCUUUGAGAGAAGUACAAACAAUCCCUUUGAAGAUGAUGACACUACACUCAAAGCCUUCGAGGUGCCAAGCUCUGAGAACACCGUGGGCACUCCUCGAGUUUCCUCUGCUCGGCGAAACAGAAUCCCUUCAGUCACUGUCACCGAGGUAAAGAAGGAUGAACGUGAUGUGGAUGUGGGAAGUCCUCGAGAGAAAUCCCUGAGUGUUGACAACAGUGGGCUGAUGAAACGCAUCAAGACCUCUCCUGGUGAACUCCACAUGGAACCUCCUUUGGUGUCCGAGAAGUCCGUCUUCCCAAUUGUGGUGGAGGAGGACUCAUCAGAAAAAGAGAAAGAGAAAUCCAAAAAGAAGAUGGUUCGACCUGAAAGCAUGAUGAAUCUUUCUUCCAACACUGAGGAUGAUAAAUCUGGGAAAACUAAAGGGAAAGGGGAACGUUUGAAGAAGAAGCUCCUCAAGGAUCACCUAAAAGGAGAACAAAAACGACAGGAGAAAGAGGGUGAGUUCUCAGUGCCAGCAGUGGCCAGUGUGAAGCCAAUCGUUCCUGUGCGCAACUAUGAGCCGAAUGUCAUCAGCCCUUCGUCGCGUAGCCGACAUCCAUUGGACGUCCAACAGCGCUUCGCCAACCUCAAUCGAGAUGACCUGAUGGAGAAAAUUCUGGAACUGGAACGUGAAGUGAAGAAGAAGGAUGAUGCAGUACGAGACCUCCAAGAAUACCUGGACAACCUCCUGGUCCAUGUGAUGGAAAAAAUGCCAACACUUUUGCAGAUCUCCUACUCAUCCUCUUCUCUCAAGUCCUUUUAACUAUUUCUCUCCUAUCCAUGUAUCUAACUGUUGUGGUCACUAUUACAUGCUGAUAGUAUCACAUAUCACCAAAGACAACCAAUUGGAGGUGGGUGAAAAAUGUCAGUGUCAUACCAUAGUGAAUAGAACACAAAAUCUAUGGCAGUUGUAGAGUAUUUAUAGGAAUGUGAUUUUCCUUCUCUGUGAAUGCCAAUAAGAUUAAGCAUUGCUGAUUCAAGAAACCAUAGACAUGUCUCAUUCCUGGGAUACCAAUGAUGGAGAUGUACAGGGUGUUUCAUAAGUCUUGGUAAACUUUUUUUUGUAGCUUGGGAAUGGCUGAACCAUUUCAGAAUAUUUAUGGUUCAUCUCAGAGCCCCUUUCUUAAAUAUCUCAUAUCCCAUUCUUUGAACAAAACUAAGGUUGCCCUUGCAAUUAAAAAAAAGGCUCCUGUAUUUACAAAAAAGUUAUACUUUUCAUUCAAUAAGCCAGCUUUUUUCAUGCCCUGGCAUUCCACAAGAUUUCACAGGCUGCCUAUAUUGGGAAUGAUGGUAACCAAAGUAAUUAUUGGGACUCAUCAUUGAAAAGUCACUAGCAUUCAUAGUUUUGUUCAUUGAAUGGAAAAUGAAUGCUCAAAAUUAUAGUUAAGAGCGGGGGUCUCUGAUGAUAAUUUGAAAUGGCACUGGCAUUUCCAAGCUACAUUGCUUUAAACCUGUUUCAAAAACUUAUAAACCACCUUGUAUAUUAUAUUUUGGCAUCCAGAAUCCAAAAAUGAGGACAUAAAAGCCAAAUAUCUCCAGAUGAGUGAAAGAUUUUCCACCUGUGACAUUGCAUGUGAUAUUUCCCUUUCAUCAUGUUUUCUUGCAUCGUUCCUGUUGUGAUUGUGCCUCAUUCUUGCCUCCCAUCAUGAUUUCGUUCUGCUUGGCAGCUAUGUCCAGUAUGAUCAUCUUAUUUUUCAGGGAUUCUGCAAUCCCACUGGUCUUAUGUCUUGUUUUCAUUCUUCUGCAUAUGAUAUAAGAUAGUAAUUGGAUAUAUUGUCUUCCUGUUCAGUUCUAGUCUUGGCAUCUAUAUAGCGACAGAAAUAAUCCUGUAUUUAAAUCUUAUGAAAUUAAUUACUAUUGUGCGUUUGUGAGAAAAUUAUAUUUUUUCAUGGAGCCAUUAUAAAUAGGCC